UCUCAGCCAUGCAGAGCUGAUGAUGAUGACGAUAGCUGACAUCAUAAAACAAUUAAUCGAGGCUCAUGAGCUGGGGAAAGAUGUGAAUCUGAACAAGCUGAAAACCAAGACGUCAGCAAAGUAUGGACUUUCAGCACAACCUCGUUUAGUUGACAUUAUUGCUGCUGUUCCACCACAGUACCGCAAGGUGCUGGUACCAAAGCUGAAAGCCAAGCCUAUCAGAACUGCUAGUGGGAUUGCUGUUGUGGCCGUGAUGUGUAAACCACAUAGGUGUCCACACAUUAACUUUACGGGCAACAUAUGUGUAUACUGCCCAGGUGGACCUGAUUCUGAUUUUGAAUAUUCAACACAGUCUUACACUGGAUAUGAGCCAACAUCCAUGAGGGCUAUUCGGGCUAGAUAUGACCCCUAUCUUCAGACAAGACAUAGAGUUGAACAGCUGAAGCAGUUGGGCCACAGUGUGGAUAAGGUAGAAUUCAUUGUGAUGGGUGGAACUUUUAUGGCCCUGCCUGAAGACUAUAGAGAUUAUUUCAUCCGUAACCUUCACGAUGCCUUAUCAGGACACACUUCCAACAACGUAGCAGAGGCUGUCAGGUAUUCAGAGCGAAGCCUCACAAAAUGUAUUGGCAUAACAAUAGAGACCAGACCAGAUUACUGCCUGAAGCGGCACUUAAGUGACAUGUUAUCCUAUGGCUGUACAAGACUAGAGAUCGGCGUGCAGAGCGUGUAUGAGGAUGUCGCCAGGGACACCAACAGAGGUCACACCGUGAAGGCUGUGUGCGAGUCGUUUCACUUAGCCAAGGACGCCGGCUUUAAAGUGGUGGCGCACAUGAUGCCCGAUUUGCCAAACAUGGGGCUCGAAAGGGACAUUGACCAAUUUGUUCUCAGCUAUUAG